AAAUAUUACCAGUAGAUGGAUGCCGCCUGUCAAAAACCCGGACAAAAAACGAGCUGCAUCGUUGGAACACGGACCAGUCUCUUCUGCCGCGCCCAAUCGUCUAGGACUAACAGAGCAUUCAAUAAAAUGAUUCCUCGCGUGUGCUUGCUUGUGGUGAGCUGUUUAUGCUCGUUUACGCACGCGUUUCCGCUCGCAGAUUCUUCGGAUGCCGUUGUGAUCGAUUAUAAAACAGACACGCACACGCGUUUCGAACAGGGCCAACCAGGAAAAGGUGUUAGCGGUUCCUACAGUUGGGUCAAUGACGAUAAAAUCUAUCAAGUAGAUUACACUGCUGAUGAAAAUGGUUACAGACCGCGUUUAAGUAUCAAAUCCCUUUCGAAAUCGAAAUCUGAACUGAAACCAGUCGUCCAAAAGGACACGGUCGUAGCCCAAUCCCCUUCGCAAAAGAAACCCGAAGGUGUUCAACCAACGAAAGAAGUUGGAGUGGAUGCUGUUGUCAUUGAAAUUCCAGUUGCAGCUGAUGUUCCCGUCCAAGAAGAUAGCGCCCAAGGUACAUCACAAGCUGCUGCUGCCGUCCAAAAAGGCAGCGUCCAAGCUACGUCGCAAGCUGAUGCUCCCGUCCAAAAAGAUAGCGUCCAAGCUACGCCGCAAGCUGAUGCUGCCGUCCAAAAAGAUGGCGUCAAAAUGCAAGCUGAUCAAGUGAAAACGGAUAAGGAAGUCGUGACCCAUGACGUCGUGGCUCCAGGGGAACCUGUUGCAGAGACGAGCAAAGCAGAGCUGCCAAGUGAAAUUGGUAAAUCGAAACCGAGCGUAGUCAUAGUUGCGGAUGACGUGAAAAUUCCAGCCGUAUCCGACCCGAUCGUGCAGCAAGCCGAUAGUCAAGACAAAGUCCAAACUAACACGGAAGAGGUGAAACCAGACCAGUUAAUUGUUGCGCAAGAAUUGGUUGUCAAUGUUCCAGCUCAGCUUGAGACGCAGCAAGAUAACAGCCAAUCACAAGCUGCGUCAUUAGAGGCGAUGAAGGAAGUGGAACCGGUUCAACAGGUCGUCAAUGAAGACGUUGCAAAUAUCGAAUCCAUCCCCGAUGUUGAAGAAAGUGCUCAAGGGGUUAUUAUUCAAGACGUCCCUCUGUCGCAACAUGACGCUCAAGAAAUGAUUUUGGAGAUUGAUCCUUCCAUGUUUGACGUGCAACCCGAGGAAAACGCAACGAAAGACGAGAUUUAUACUGACGACGCUGUCAUUGUCGACGCCGCUAUCGAUCCAUUGUCUUUAGGCGUCCUGGAUAACAUCAAUCAAUGGGAUCAAGUUCAGAGCCAAGACGAAGCCUCGUCGUAUCUCAACGCCAUGCUCAUGGAAUACGCCAAUCAGAUGUACGGAAAUGCCAAACCUCAAGCUGAAAUUGAAGAGAAGCCCGAAAUUCAAGAUGAACAACCGGAGCCGUUUUAUUAUCAAGACGAAGUCGAUGAUUCGGCUUUAGAGUAUCAACGAGCGACGGUGGAUGACUCCAAUCACGACGCGUAUUCAAUCUCUUUUGAUCGACUCUACAACAGUUUCCUUCAUCAUCUUCAAGUGGCUAAAGAAUACCGAGCUCGGUCGAAGGUCGACGAUGACAUAGACGACCAGGAAGAAGCGAGUCAAGAUUUGCAAUCGGCUUUUCGAUUGCUGGUCGACGUAGCUGAACAAUUCUCGCAGCAACUGCCCAUUCCCGAAAAGGAGAUUGCCCAAAUCCAGUCACGAAGUGGUUCACACGAUCAUUCACCAGCAGACGCUAUUCUCGAAGAAUUGUAUUACCAAAAAUGGCUGGCUGAACAACAACCGAUGUAUUACAUCGUAUACCCAGAAACAGACGAUUAUUAUCGUUAAAUCGUUUGAAUAACCGCUUGACUAACAUAAUUUAUGCUCCCUUUUUUAAAUUUAUUUAUUGAAAUAAUUGUAAAAUUUUUGUCGUGGACCAAAUCUGAUGGAUGUCAAAUUCCGAAGCUCGCCAGAACAAAGACCGUUCAACUGGUUCUCAAAUACAAACUGUUAGAGAACCUGA